CCGGAAACACACACGUACGGGCAGCAGGCCUACGUCAUGGCGGCCAGGUGCCUCCUCGGGGCUACCCGAAUGUGGGCCAUCUGGCGGCCCCGGGAGCUCCCGGACCCCGCCAGUGCUGGGAGGCUCCUUGUACGGGGUUAUGCCAAGAGACCGGUGAUUAAGGGGGGCAAAGGCGGUAAAGGCGGAGUGGCCGCUGAGGCCCUGAAGGACCCAGAGGUGUGCACAGACCCUGUCCGGCUUACCACACACGCCAUGGGCGUCAACAUCUACAAGGAGGGCCAGGAUGUGGUCCUGAAGCCAGAUGCUGAGUACCCCGAGUGGCUGUUCCACAUGAAUUUGGGACCCCCCAAGAAGCUGGAGGAGCUGGACCCUGAGACCCGGGAGUACUGGAGGCUGCUGCGGAAACACAACAUCUGGAGGCACAACCGGCUGAGCAAGAACCGGAGGUUUUAGGGAGAGAGACAGGAGUGACCCCACCUGCCAAGGCCUCUCCUGCUCCCAUGGAAGGCUGUUCUCCUGGAGAAGAGAGACUUUCCUGAGAACAGAGACCUUCAGCUGUGUGUCCCCACGGCGAAACUGGAUGAGCGCCCUGGGACAAUAAAGACCUUGGACUGUG